AUGUCUUGGGGUAUGUUAAUGAGAGGUCAAUUAGAGAUGAAGAUAAAUAGGAUAUUUCAUUACGACGACGAAGAUUUUGAAGUACCAACUACCUCAAAUACUGCUAAAGUUGCUGACUCAUGGGAAGAUGAAUUUGCAGAUGAAGAUGAACCAUUAGCUGAAUCAUGGGAUGCUGAAGAAGAAGAAAAACCAAAACCAAAACCAGCUGCUAAACCUGCCGCCAAACCAGCUGCUAAGAAGAAAACUCUUGUUUCAAGUGGUAGUGUUCGUUUAGAUAAAGUGGAUGAAAAAACACGUAAAGCAUUACAAAGCAAAGCUGAACAAGAUUCUGAUUUAAAUAAUGCAGCUGAUUUAUUUGGUGGAUUAGGUGUUGGUGAACAUCCAAGAGAAAGAGCUGCUAGAGAAGCUGCUGAGUUAGAAGCUGCUCAACCAAGAAUAACAGCUGAUACACCAAUUGAUGCUCAUCCAUUAUUCCAACCUGAAACUAAACAAGAUUUUGAAAAAUUAAGAAAAGCUUUAUCACCAGCUUUAACAAAAUUAAAUGAUCAAAGUUCAUUGAAUUAUGCAUCAAGUUUAGCUAUUGAUUUAAUCAGAGAUUUAACUAAACCAUUAUCUACUGAAAACAUUAGAAAAGUUAUUUCUACAUUGAAUGUUAUUUCUAAGGAAAAGGAAAGAGAAGAAAGAGCAGCUAGAUUAGCUAAAUCUGGUGGUACAGCAACUGGUGGUGCUGGUAAGAAGAAGAACAAGACUGCUAGACCAAACUUGGGAGGUGCCUUCAAGAAGGACAACGACAUCGAUACUAGCUACGACAACUUUGGUGAUGAUGAUUUCAUGUGA